CUCACUUAUUUAUCUCAGCUUCCUUUUCUCCUCUCGUAAAAUUUCGCCUUUCUUUCUGGUCCCCCCAACGGCUUCGACAGGCCGUGAACUGUUUCUCAAUGGCCCAGACAGGCUGCCAUCGCUGUCCUCAACUGGAUGUAAUGUGGCAGAAAAGAGGUACAAAUAAUUGGCAACAGGUACAGGCGGGUCUGGAUGAUAUCGAUAUUACGAGGGUCAAAGAUGCGAGCGACCUGUUGAAUUUCGAGUUUGACAUCGGCAUCAUCAAAGCCAAGGCGGAUCAAGUCCGUGAGUGUCAUAGGUGUCGAAGAUAUUUUACUCAAGCAUUUCAAAUUCCCAAUCUCUGGUGGAAAGCAUACUGUAGGAACUCCAAUGGGUAUUUUGGCUGUGAGGAUACGACGGACGGCUUUAAUACGUGGGCACGUUUCUUGAUUAAGCAUUUAAAGGAGGAUAAGAUCAACUACGAAUGGUACAAGCUUAACGUCUUUGUACGAUGGCUAUUUUCAUCUAAACAAAUAGUACUGAUUAUAUUCGAUCCGCCCCCGCCGAUAAUAGAAAGACUGCCGAGUCCACUACUCGACGAGCCCGAUGACAAGCACCUAGAAGACCCUUUUUGGAUCUAUACACCACUAAUUGAGGAAGUCGUUCGACUACAGGAUCAAGCUGUAUGGGCCAUACGCAACCAGGUCAGAGCCGUGGAGAGAGAGAAGAUGUCGGCUACAAAGCCAAAGCCAAACUAUCGCCUCCUCCACGAUAUCAGCAGGCACGAAAUCCAUGUAUCGGAGACUCUCGGUAUAGCAAUCAAUACUAUCAAUAGUAUACUGGAAAACCACAAGGAUUUUAUGGCUAGCAAUCUUAGCGUUGACGCAACAUCGAAUAGCCCGUCAAAGCGUAUCCACCAACGGUUGCUCUUCCACAAGCAUAUGCUUGAUAGUCUAUGUCAUCGCUCAUCUUCAAACAAAGAACGGUUAAUGAACGAAAUCCAGCUCGCAUUCAACACAGUCGCGCAAUACGAUUCAGGCAUAUCGGUCGAGAUCGGGCGUGCGGCGCAAAUCGAUAGUGCUGCAAUGAAGACUAUCUCCUUCCUCACGUUGACAUUCCUACCAGCCACAUUUACUUCCACCAUAUUCAGCAUGUCAUUCUUCAACUAUAGCCCUGACUCUAGAUCAUGGACCGUUUCUGGCAAAUUUUGGAUCUAUUGGGCAGUUGCAAUCCCGUUGACCGUCGCUGCUUCCGUUGUUUGGUACUACUGGCAUAAGGUGUUCCCGCCUACUUUAAUUGGAGAAGAAAAGAGAGAUGAGGCUACGUUAAAAUCCUAUUGCUAGACGGAAGAUGGCUGUUAGAACAAAAUCAGCCGAUAAUUCUGAAGAGAACUUAAUAAUUAUUUUAUGCUAUAC